CUCUAUAUUGUGAAUUGGUUUGUCUCAGCCCGUGGCAGGCAAGAAUCACCACACGAUCAGCAGCGGAUGGUUGAGGGGGUUGGAGGUCGGGGGUCGGGGGACGAUAAGCCAGGCAGCCGACAGCUGAUCCGGGGAUGUCCUGCAGUUCGUCCCCGCUUUAGCCACCGCCUGCCGUUUCCACGGGCGGAAUCUAAGCCAUCGGCUUUUCGCCUCCAGUAUCGGGAACCGAGCAUCGAGCUUAACAGCACCGUCGAUACCGCAGCGCAUCCUCCACCUAUAUAUCAGUCCCACUAUUUCCUCCCCUUCCAGUACCCAUAAGGUGCAACCGUCGACGCCAUGAGCAACAAAGGAUCCGCAUACGGAACGCCCUCAUCAGACACAGCCUUCCGCAAAACAUGGGAUCGAGACGAAUACGCCAAAAAGGCCGCAGAUGAUGAGGCCAAGAGAAAGGAGGAAUCAAAGGCCCGCUAUGAGGCCAAGCUGUUAGGCAAGAAAUGGCAUGCGCCGGUGGACUACAGCAGUCUGGAGGCUACUACAUCGCGCAAACAGCGACUUGAUGUCGCGUCCAUGGUUGGCAAGACCACCAUUGUUACCUCGGGAUCGGCAGUCGGAAAGAGAGGACGUGGGGCUGGUUUCUACUGUUCAGAUUGUGACCUUACGUUCAAGGACAACUUGCAGCUUGUGGAGCAUUUGAACAGCAAACAGCAUUUGAUCGCGACCGGUCAAAGCGGCGAGGUUACUCGUGCCACCGUCGAAGAUGUGCGGGAGCGACUACGGAUGCUGGCCCACCGAAAACGGGUUCAAGAGGAAGAGGAAAGACGAGCUUGGCAGCUGGAUCUGGGUGAGAGACUCAAAGAGCGAGAAGAACAGGACGCCAAAGAAAGGGAGGAGAAGAGGAGGAAGAGAAACGAGAAGCGCCGCAAAGGCGGCGAUGGAAUCAAGCAGGAGGAGGACAGCUGGGAAGGCCGGCUAGGAAUUAUUGCAUAGACAAGCGCGCUCUAGCUUGGAUAUAUGCAUGGUCUACAUCAGAGGGAUGGUUCAUGAUGGCUAAAAGCUGCAGUAUACCCAUGGCGUUUGGUGCUUGAAUUUUUGUCAAACCGGAGGUUCUCUUUCUGUCCAAGCGGAUGUAUAAAUUUCAUUGUCACAUCAAAAGAGCAGAAAAUCCAUAUGCAUAUACCGACCGCACCGUG